UUGAUGUGUGGUCUGGGCAAGCUUUAUCUGUGUUACAAAACAAUAAGCAGGUCAAGCUCAUCCACGAGCUUUGCAAAUCAUUUCAAAUGGCUCAAUCUAUGCACUGCAUGCAUUUAACUCUUUCGCGCAACUGCUCUACAAUUCAACAUUGGAGAAGCCCUUGCAAGAAAUUAUGGGUAGCAAACAGUUCAUCUAACAAAAAAUCUGGACUUGCUUCAUUCGGAGAACGCUUGCUGGAUUACAUUGAAGGAGGGCCUAAGCUUAGGAAAUGGUAUGGUGCACCUAAUCAGCUUCCAAGAGAUAGAAAUGUUAAAAAAAAGGACUAUAACAGUGGGGAACCUAAGAAGGAUGAUAUUCCUGAAAUACGAGAUGCUGUGCUAGUUACAGAUGGUGACAGUGACAUUGGCCAGUUGGUGAUUCUAUCAUUAAUCAUUAAGCGGGCUCGAAUCAAGGCACUUGUUAAAGAUUCAAAAGCUGCCAUUAGUUCCUUUGGUUCUUAUAUUGAGCCUAUAGAUGGAGAUAUAACAGAUAAAGCAAGUGUCAAGAGGGCUUUAAAGGGGGUUCAUGCCAUCAUAUGCAUUAUAAAGAUGGGUGUUUUGUCAGAAAUUGAAAAUCUAAAAGGGAUAGAGCACAUUAUUUUCUUAUCUCAGUUGGCUGUGUUUAGAAGCCAUGGUGGUAUUCAAGCUUUUAUAAAUGGCAAAGCUAAAAGUUUAGCUGAGGAAAAUGAGAUGGCAAUUAUAACAUCAGGGAUUCCGUACACAAUAGUUAGAGCAGGUCUAUUACAAGAUAGACCUGGCGGUCAGUUUGGCUUCAACUUCGAAGGGGGUUGUGCAAGCAAAGGAUCGCUUAGCAAAGAAGAUGCAGCAGCUAUUUGUGUUGAGGCACUUGAUACAUCUCCUCAAAAGGGACUUAUUUUUGAGGUAGUUAAUGGGGAGGAGACGGUGCAAAACUGGAAAGAUCUUUUCACUUCAUUGGCUAAAAGUAGCAACCCACCAUUAUAGCCAUAUGCUGUUCACACACUUAGUGAAUUCCAAACAGUCGAUGCUCACGAUUCCUUUAUUUUAAUUUUUCACUUGGUAAAUCUGUAUCUUGCAAAGGUUAGAUCAUUUUAAUAAGAAGAGAUGUUUAAUAUUGCUGAGAUAUUAUGAGGAUA